AUGGCCUCACAAAGAAAUAAACUUACAAAGUUGUUUCGAAACGAGAGCUCCUACGAAGCUGAUGAGGUCAAUCUUCUGCUUGAUGGUCUGAACGAGAUGGAGAUUACGAGGUAAAGCCUAUAUCUAAACUUUCAUAUUCCACAGUAUACCUUGAUAUUCUAAACUUGGCUAUAACGAUAAUUGUAUUUCAACAUAACUCUCACUCGAGUUGUUUCAGCAAAUGCCUAGCAAAAGCAGCAGAAUCAGAGCGAAGAGGGAUCGAUGCCAUUGCCAGUUGGGCCAAGAGAUCAAGGAAUUCGGCCAUAGACGAUGUAAUGCAACAUACCGCUCAAUUAUUUCAUUUAUACACGGAAAAACAGAAGCAGUUCAACCGAGAUCAUGAUCACUUUGUGCAGGUAAAACAUAAAUUAUUUUAGUCGAGAUUAUUCAAAAAAAAAUGUUGGGAUUGGAACUUGACCAGCGCGACCGCCGACUGGUACUAGUAUUCUUUUUUUGGCUAACUACCACAAAAUUUUCUUCAAAAUGCCUGGUUUUUUACCAUUUUUGAAACUUGACGGAUAUGCUUGAUCGGGGUUCUUUACCUGUCCGGUCAAGUUUCAGUACCAGUUCACAACAUUUCAUCUUGCCAACCGUGUUUACCAUAUAUGUUGUGGUUCCGACAAAUUUUCUAGAAUGUCUGUCAGGCUGACUAGAUAUUCUAGAUUGUAUUAUAAUGAGUCAGAUCCCUUCCACGGCCGGUCAAUCCGAUUUUAGUCUUUUUUGAACUUGCAACUAUUUCUAUGAUGUCACUUUUCGUCUGAGCGGAAAAUUCCUGAUCGUUUGUGGAACAGCAGGGAAAACUGAAUAGCAGCUUUGGUAUAAACCUUAUUAAACAGCCGCUUACUGUAAUUUGCCUAUCUUUGUCUUUUCAGCAACUCAAAAAGAUAGCGGAAAUCGAAUACCGAGUCCGAGAGUACGAGAAGAACCUCCGCAAGAAAGAAGGUCGAGUACUUUCGAUACGAAAACAGAUUACAAGGUCAUCCUACUUCUGGAAAAAGAGCACGUCGGAGAUGGCGGCGCUGAGACGAGUCGAGGAUGAGGCCACGUUGGAAGUGGAGAAGGCCAGAAGAAGAUUGAACACUGCUCAACAAGAGGCCGAGGUUGUCAAGAUGUUCCUGUUCCGACAAGGCAUGAUGGGAUUGGCUGACAGUUACAGAAUCCUCAACGAACACUGUCGAACCAUCUUCAAUUGUCAUCGAGAAAUCACGGAGAUGGUCCCGGCAUUAACCACCCACAACAUUAAUAAUUUGACCUAUGAUGGUGUGCCUUUUACGAGGGAGAGGAUAGGUGAAGUCCGAAGGGCGCUGAACAGCGAAGAUAUCAGAUUACAAUAUAAUCCGCCCGGAUUUGGAAGAGCCAUGAGGCCCGUCAGUCAUUACCAGCCGGGCACUCCGCCUCCGCCAUAUUCCGCCGUCUCUCGGCCCCCAUCUUUCCCUGUAAGUUCGAUAAUAUAAGGAUGGUGACAUACAAAUAAAAUCGGGUUUCGUUGCCAGAAACCACCAUUUCUUGUCUGUUAGGCCUCUAGACAAGAAAUGCACAAUUCUUGUCUGAGCAGAGAAAAAAAGAAAAAAAUCUUCACGGGGAGAGAGCAGAAAUUUGCGCAAUAUUGCGCAAUUUCAGACAAGAAUUACGCAUUUCUUGUCUAGAAGCCUAACAGACAAGAAAUGGCGGUUUCUGGCCACGAAAACCGAUUUGAUUUGUAUGUCACCAUCCUUAUAUCAAGGCAUCGGGGCUUGCGGUUUUAUUGCAUAACAACGGAUUGUAUCCUGGAUUUUACAGAUUGUUGUAAAUUACGUGUUGUUGACUGACCAUAUUACAUUUUAGCCGACCAACUUCAGCGACUCUCAACUUCGUGGAAUCAGCGAAGGGCUCGCCACUCCACUAAGUGUAAAUGCGCCCAUCAGACAUCCAACGGCGCCUCUGCCAACGCCUUUGUCUGCUUCUCAGAACUCAGGACAUCGCCAACGAGUCUAUCCUGACCUCUCACAGGAAUUAGCCCUACGGAAUCUAUGA